CCAAAGGGAAAAAAUGACAGUCACCUAACAGCAUGGUGCCCAGCCAACCAGUGCGAUACCAAUGUGGAAGAUUUUAAAGAACAGAGACUCCUGAGCAGGCUUCUUCCAAAGUGUGACAACAGCUGAUGAAUAUCAAGAAAUUCCUUUCCCAUACAGAGAGGCAGAACUAGUCAUAUUUGGGACUUGUGGCAACUCACGUCCAGCAGAGACUCCUAAGAGAGCAGAAACGGUGAAAGGAAAUGGCACCGACAGGUCAUGAAAAGAGUGAAAUGAGGUGGUUUUUGUCGAAGAUUCAGGAUGCAUUUAGAGGUGGAAAAAUUAACGUAGAAAAAACAUAUAAAUUACUUGAAAAAUUACAUAUUCAGUGCAAUUAUGUGCAUGUGAAACAUAUUUUUAAGGAUAAUGACAGACAGAAACAAGGAAAAAUCACAAUAGAAGAAUUUAGAUCAAUUUAUCGGAUCAUUGCACACAGAGAAGAAAUUGUUGAAAUUUUCAAUGCAUAUUCUGCAAACCGGAGAAUUCUUUUUGAAAGUAAUUUGAUUCAAUUUCUAACACAAGAACAAUAUGAAACUGAGACAACUAAAAAUAUUGCUUCUGAGAUUAUUCAGAAAUAUGAGCCCAUUGAUGAAGUCAAGAAAGCACAUCAGUUGUCACUUGAAGGCUUUACGAGAUACAUAUAUUCAUCUGAAUGUCUACUGUUCAAACAGGAGUGUACAAGAGUUUAUCAAGACAUGACUUAUCCAUUAAAUGAUUACUUUAUUUCAUCUUCACAUAACACGUAUUUGGUAUCUGAUCAAUUAGUGGGACGAAGUGACCUUUGGGGAUAUGUAAGUGCCCUUGUGAAAGGAUGCCGAUGUCUAGAAAUUGACUGCUGGGAUGGGUCACAAGCUGAACCUGUUGUAUACCAUGGUUAUACACUCACCAGCAAGCUUCUAUUUAAAACUGUUAUCCAAGCGAUACACAAAUAUGCAUUCAUGACAUCUGAGUACCCCGUGGUUCUCUCUUUAGAAAAUCACUGCUCCACUGCCCAACAGGAAGUGAUGGCUGCCAUUUUGCAGACUACUUUUGGAGAUUCCCUGCUUUCUGAUAUACUUGAUGAUUUUCCAGACAGCCUACCUUCACCAGAGGCGUUAAAAUUCAAAGUCUUAGUGAAAAAUAAGAAAAUAGGAACCUUAAAGGAAACCCACGAGAGGAUAGGCUCUGAUAAGCAUGGUAAGGUUGGGAUGUGGGAAGAAGAGGCAGAAACGGAGGAUGAGGAGGAGUCGAAAACUGAAGAAACAGAUGAUAGUUCAUUACCAAGAGACAGCCAAGGAAGGGAAACAGAGACAAAGAAGGCACUUGGGAUAACACUUUUUUCCAAUAAAAAAAAGAUAAGGAAGCUAAAAAUAGCUCUGGCUUUAUCUGAUCUUGUCAUUUAUACUAAAGCUGAAAAGUUCAGAAGUUUUCAAUAUUCAAGACAAAAUCAGCAAUUUAAUGAAAAUAAUUCUAUUGGGGAGACACAAGCCCGAAAACUUUCCAAGUUGAGAGUCAAUGAAUUUAUUUUUCACACAAGGAAGUUCAUUACCAGAAUAUAUCCCAAAGCAACAAGAACAGACUCUUCUAACUUUAAUCCUCAAGAAUUUUGGAAUAUAGGUUGUCAAAUGGUGGCCUUAAAUUUCCAGACCCCUGGUCUGCCUAUGGAUUUGCAAAAUGGGAAAUUUUUGGACAAUGGUGGUUCUGGAUAUAUUUUGAAACCACAGUUCCUAAGAGAUACUAAAUCACAGUUUAACCCAAAUGAUUCAAUAAAAGACAACGAUCCAAUUGCAAUUACAAUAAGGCUCAUCAGUGGGAUCCAGUUGCCUGUUAGUAGCUCCUCCUCUUACAAACCAGACUCAUUAGUGAUUAUAGAAGUUUUUGGUGUUCCAAAUGAUCGUAUCAAACGGCAGACUCGUGUCGUUAAAAAAAACGCUUUUAGUCCAAGAUGGAAUGAAACAUUCACAUUUAUUAUCCAAGUACCAGAGUUGGCUUUGUUGCGUUUUGUUGUUGAAACUUCAGGUUUAAUAGCAGGAAAUGAAUUUCUCGGGCAAUAUACUUUACCAGUUCUAUGCAUGAGCAAAGGUAAUUUUCUUAAAAGUUACCGCCGCGUUCCUUUGUUCUCCAGAACGGGUGAGAGUCUUGAGCCUGCUUCGCUGUUUAUGUAUGUUUGGUACGUCAGAUAGGAGCUAGUAGUACAGGACACACUGUUAGCUACACAUCACAAUAAAGCG